GAAUGUCGUUUACUUACAUAGAAAUGACACACUGUUAUCGUGUAUGAAACUCUUAUCCAUUUUUUCUUUCUCUUCAACACUGAACAAGUUAACAACACCAACCAAAACUACCACCUUCAAUUUCAAUUCAAUUUCAUAAUCUUCUUCUAUAUUCAAUCAACACGAAAAAAUGCUUCUUCAAACAAGAAACUUUAGUGCACCGCAUUUCACACCAAAAACAACAACUACUAACAAAAUCCCUUUGUAUAGCCCUUCAAAUUCAAUUUCAUUCCGAUCAACAAAAUGCUCAAUUUCAUCACCCCAAUUGGAAUUGAAAAUCGAUAACAAUAAGAUUACCAAACCAUUUCCAUCUGAAGUUUCAAGAACCGUUAUGGAUUUAGCUAGGGUUGGCACACUUUCUACUUUGACUCAACAGGGUCACCCUCUUGGUAUUGGUGUUCGAUUUGUUGUUGAUUCUGAAGAUGGAACCCCUUUUUUCUACUUCAAUCAUAAUGCUAUUCCCACCACCAAUAACAACAUUAACACCCCCUCUUCACUUCAUGUUCAGUUUAUACAAUCUGGAUUGCGUACCCCUCAAUGUACACUUCAAGGAACCCUUACAAAACCGGAGGAUCCAAGCUUGAUCAAGCGGUUUGCUUCAUUGUGGAAGAAGAGGUUUGGAGAAGAAGUUGAUCAAGAUUUUAUGUAUAUUAUUGCUGUAGAUAGGGUGCUGCACUUGGAUGAUUUGCAGGAGGAUGGUGUGUGGUUCACCUCUUUAGACUACAAAAAUGCUCAACCCGAUCCCCUUCGAGAGUUUGCUGAGAAUUUAGUUGCCGAAAUUAACACCAAUAAUAUGGAAGACAUUACUCGCUUUUGCAAUGUCUAUGCUGAUCUGAAUUUCCAGGUCUCAGAAGCAAAGAUGAUAUGGGUGGACCGUCUGGGCUUCGAUUUGCGUUUGUUUUCACCUAAUAAUGGUUUAUUCGAGGUCCGCAUUCCUUUCCCUAGAGAAGUCAGCGAUGAAAAAGGUGCCAAGUCAACAUUUAAUUGUAUGUCACAAUUGGCUUGGGAGGUUGAAAGAAACUUCCAUCCUCUUGAUUUUGAGAAGGUUACACAAUUGAAACACAUAAAGUCUUGAUGCUUGAGUUAUAUUUUUAUCUGCACACAACCACUUACCAGUUUCGGCAAAUAUGCAAUGGGAAGGUUUGUAAUUUUUCGAGAAUGUGACAAUUUUUAUGGUGUUUGUAUUCCAUGAUGAUUCAUUUGAGGCUUGAUGUAGAGAUCAUUUUGAAGACCAAGCUUGACUAAGUUUUGCAAGGUAAUUUUAUAGAAAUGUUUGCAAAAUGUUUCUUUCUAAAAAAAGUGUUUCGAUAUUGAAUUGAAUGUAUUUGGAAAACACAAAAAUCACGGUGAAAAAUCAGUGGGAGGGCUCUAAACUCAAGGUGGCAUUUAUCGACCGCCCAAUCAAACACGGUCUGAGAAAUGAAAAAUUCUAUUUGUAAUUGGAUUUAGACCAGCAGUAAAAAUCUAUGGUGAAUGUUCAUA